CUCAACCUCUACAAUGUAGAUCAAUUCUCGCCAUGAAUGCCAUGGAACUGUCCCCAAAGCGGGCCUGGCCUCAUGUUCACACCUCUCUGGAAAGCAUCCGGCGAAGCGGUCCAGGUCACCCUAGGACCGAACGCCUCGACUUCGCCGUCCUGGUCCUUGGUUCCGUCGCGUGCAAGUAUUGGGCCUUCCUUCGAGCGAUUCCGGGCACCAAGUGGAGCAAGUGUGCAAGGACUCCAAGGAUUCUAAGGAGUGCCAAGCAAGCUGCGCGAGAUUCGGAAGAAGUGUUGGGUGCCUUACAUCCUUCCUUAGCAGCAUCCAUGAGAGAUCUCUUGCAGGAUAGUGAUGUUAAGGUCUUGCUGAUUGGAGCCAAAGAAGAGAUUGGAGGAGUGAAGGGUGUUCCACUUUCGGAACCUGGAGCUGAACCCAAGUCAUUGCGGGAGUUCCCUCACGACUGCUAUGAUGUGGUGGUGGAGGUGCAAUCGGAAGAAGUUCGUUGCGCGAGUUGGGAGGCGGUGCAGAAUCGUUUCUACCCACUGGGAGGACACUCAUUCAGCCUGGCAAAUGAUUUCAUUAUCAAUUUGGCUUCCAUUGCCAAAGUGCUAAAACCUGGAGGCAAGUUCCUUUUCCUGUCCAGUGCAGAAAGGGAUGAAGUGUUGCCUUUCUCCUUCCUCCAGCUGCCUCAUUUGAAGUGGCAGAUUCAUCAGUGCUCGGGGUCAGCAUCCGGAGUGUCUACCUGGUGCUGCACACUGGGCACAGACGAUCCCUCUGCAGCCUUAAAACUCACGCCCAGUGUGGUCGCAAAGCAAUGCACCGACGAAACUUCUCGCCGCAGAUAUUUCGAGGCCCUGAGGCCAUAUUUGCAGAGAGACGAUGGAAAGAUCCCUGAAAUCCUGGACUAUGGCUGUGGAGAUGGGUCUCUCAUGUCGUGGGCCUUCCAGCCAGAGGUGCUUGCAGAAGAUGGUCCUCGUGAGGUUACCUUGGUAGAAUCGAACCAAGAGCUGGUGGAAAGGGCACGACAGAAGCUCCCGCAUGCAGAUGUCAGGCUCAUCAAAGAAGGAGAACCCUGGCCCUUUGAGCAUCAAUUUGACCUGGUGAUACUUGCAUUCGUCUUGCAUCAUGUUCCUUUGCCUGACAGAGCUGCCCUCCUGGCAGAGGCAAAGCGUUUGGGGCGUGUGAUUCUGGUGUUGGAGGACGUUCCAGAUGAAGCCUUCACACCUGCUGCCUGCCGCCUUGCUUGGCAUGUAACAGAGGAGCACUUCAGACCGUUUGGUCAAGAUCCUGACGACUACAUUUCGGGAGUUUUGUCGAAGAAGAGAUGGACAACAUGCUUCGGAGAUGCUGGGCUAGAAGUUCUUGAUGAGACACUGGUCGCAUCAAGCCUGCGAUAUCCAGUUCCACAUGUUUUGUAUAUACUAAAGGCGAAAGAAACGGUUGAUAUCAUAAUUUGUAUUUGAGC